AUGACUGUCAUACAUGUAUGUACUGUAGUAGUGAAGUGAAGUGCCUGUGUGUAUGUAUGUAUGUAUGUAUGCCUUUCCAAUAUAUUCCUAAUGCCUGUGCACUCAAUAGUAGCAGUGAACCUAUUUCCUCAACCAGACCAUCAAAAUCAUUGAUUUGUUUUUCACCAGUCAGUCAGUCAGUAGUUUUCCGAUUUAAUAUCAUAUAUCAGUACUGCGAGUCUGGAAAUACACAGUUAUCACCCCAUAUGUGAUCCAUUAUUCUUUAGAGAGAGAGGGAGAGAGAGAGAGAGUGACAAUUACCAUAACGUUGAUGUGGAAGUAGCGACAAAUUGUUGUAUUAAUACAGUAAACUGCUGUGCGGUUGUGUUUUGUUGUUAUUGUUGGAAGUGUCUUCAGGUGAUGAGUUGUAGCAAUGUUUAGCUUUCAUAAGCCGAAAAUUUACCGAUCGAUACACGGCUGUUGUAUCUGUAAGGCCAAGUCGUCGUCGUCGAGGUUUACCGACUCCAAGAAAUAUGAGCCGGAGUUUGAAAAAUGUUUCAAAAUUAUUGAACACAGAAGUGGAGAGAUAUGUAAUGCCUGUGUUCUUCUGGUAAAACGUUGGAAAAAGUUGCCGUCAAAUACGACCCGCAAUUGGCAUCAUGUAGUAGACGCCCGGGCAGGUCCGGGAACUAAGUCGGUUAAGCCAAAACUUAAUUAUAACACAAAUGACAACUCACUGAGAAGUACAACGACACCGUUGGAUCAAUUGGACAACAGCUCAAACAAUCGUAAACCUCAUGUCAAUUGUCACCAUAAACAGAAUACUACCAAUAAUAGCAAUAAAGGCUUACGCCGUCGUAACCCAAUUCGUGAUCAGACAUCGAGUCCUGAGGGCUCUGAUUCGUCCGAUACGGACGAUGACAUGGAAGAAGACAUCGAUGACAUUGACGAGGAAAUGGAGGUCAGGAGUAUCACUAAAAAAGAGAUAACAGAGUGCAGCAAACGAUCGCUUAUUGGUCGCACUACCGGCCGGUCAACGAAAGCCACUGCAAACAUCAACCGCAAGACUGAAUGCGAUUCGCCAACAAAUACAGCAAUCACUUCAUUCUUGGACAUGUCUUUCUGGAAAAAAGAGAAGAUCUGCUGCGGAAUCAUAUUCAAAGGGCCCGACAAUGAAGUGCUAAUAUAUCCGAAACUACUUGAGCCGUGCUAUUGUCGUAGGCGAAAGUCAAAUCUGCUAAAACCAAAGCUGUCAUCAAUUGGCAACAGCGGUAGCAGUGAUGCCGACACGGGAUCAGUUGGCUCGUCGUCGCUCAUCGACGCCGAAGAUGCCAACAGUAACUCAAGUUCUGGCAAUAUAUCACUCAUUUAACGAACACAUAAUUUA